AAGGGGGUGUGUGUGUUGAGGGACGAGAAAAAAAUAAAAAUCGAAGUUGGAGAGCAAGCAAGGAAAUUAUAGAGCAGGAUCAGGAUUUAGUUGGAUUAUUUAAUGCUUGAUGUUGAGUAUUAAUCGAACGUCUAGUAACCCAAAGACCGUUAUUUAAAAUUAAUUGGAUAUGGCUGCCAAGAGGAUAAUUCACUGGAGAAACGUUAUCAAACCAGCCAGCGGAGGAGCUUCAUACAAAGAUGAUUCGAAGAAAAUAAUUAGAUUUGUCCGCAUGGGCUGCGCAAACAGACCAUUCUUCCAUAUCGUCGUUGCAGAGCAACGCACCGACCAGCACAUGCCAGUAAUUGAACAGGUCGGCUCGUAUGAUCCGUUGCCAAAUGAAAGAAACCAAAAGCUAGUGGCAUUCAAUUUUGAAAGGAUACAACACUGGCUUGCAAGAGGAGUUAACCUGACUGAUCCUGUUGCUGAACUUUUAGGUCUUUCUGGAUAUUUGCCCAUUCACCCAAGAACAUACAUGACUGCUUGGAGGAAUAGGAUCAAGGCGAAAGAAGAGAGCAAAGAGAAAAAUUAGGUGCUUUAAUUUUUACGCUAGCUAUAAUAGAGAUAUGACGUUAAAUAAACUUGAAAAUAUUAAGCAG